AUGCUAAGUGGACAGCGGAACUGGAUACCAGUCCGUCAAAGCGAUGCAUACAGCGUCUUGGGGGUGACAAGAAAUGCGACCAAUGCAGAUAUAAAGAGGAGGUUCCAAGAGCUGACGGUACAACACCACCCUGAUAACCACCCAAAAGACACGAUGUACUACGACAUUACACGUGCUUACACCCUUCUCAAAGACGAGGCGUCUCGACAGAAAUACGACAUCGAACACACCAACAAGAAAAUUCAAGUUUCCAUAGUUUCUCCGUAUAAAAGUGUUAUUGGUGUUGGGGUUGCGCGGAACAUUCCAAACAGUCUUCGUAGUGUUAUGGUUGGUGCGAGUUUGCCAUACAUUCCUCCGACUUUUGGAGGAGUGACGUGUCUUUUAAUUAGUGUUGAGUCGAUUAUUGAAGGUGUUGUGUGUGGGACACUUUCGAUUUUCGACUUUAUUGGACUUGGGGGGUAUGGACUAAUUGGGUGGGCAGUGAAGCCUCGAAUAGCAUCAAUAAAAAACGGGUAUGUUAUCAAUGGGAUAUUCUCUGGUGAUGUUGAAGUGUCACAAGGUGUAUGUACCUCAGGAGAAGAAGUUGUUUGUAAGAUAGAGAAUGGGGUUGUUUCUGGCUGUUUCAAUGGAAGUGCUUCUGUUGAUGGAGGGUGGAAGAGAAGUGGUUCCAUUACAGUUGAAAGUGGUAAUGUUGGAAUGACAGUCUUUACUUUCUUCGGGAUUAAAAUUGGGUUUUGCUACCAAGAUGGUUUUGUUGUUGGGUUUAUGAUAAAUGUGAAAGGGAUGGGAAUCAAUUGGGUAAAAACCAUGUUCAACAUGAUCGACCCAGCUCUCAUACUCACCGCGAUCACCGAGUUCUUGAGAUAA